UGUGUGUUUUAAAAAAUCACGAACACCUUUUAGGCAUUUCGACAAUAUGAACGGAUUCCUCGUGCAUAAACACAAGAACAAGAUAUCAGAAUGGAUUGGCGGGAAUAGUAGGUUUGAGCUCCUUUACAAAUUAAGUCGAGACGGAGGGUCAACAAAAAUGUUCCACGAGUUGUGUGAUAACAAAGGACCCACGGUGACCAUCUUCUACAACACAGACAACAACGUGUACGGGGGGUACCUGUCAGACAGCUGGGGAAGAUCUGGUGGAUGGUGUACAGACCAGAGAGCGUUUCUGUUUACAUUGUAUAGUGCUGGUCACUGGAAACCAAUGAAAUUUCCUCACAUAGAUGGAGAAACACAUUUCCAAACAAUAUAUCAUGGACCUUGGUUUUAUUCAUUAAACAGUUUUCACACGUGUGUUAAAAUGGAAAAAACAAAUCCAUCAAACUGUUACAAAUGCAAUACAACUGGUCUAUUUGACGGGCAAAGAUUUGACAUGAAAGGAGAGACCGCUCAGUCGGUGGCAAACGGUCACAACAAUGUCACGGAUCUAGAGGUCUACCUUGUUAAAGAUGGUUUACCAGACAUGGAACUACAGAUUCCUUGGAGGGAUUCUACAGAGUGGAAUAAUAAGGGUUUUCAAGAAUUAAAGGAAUUUAUCGCCACUUACGAACCGUUUGAUGAGAUGAAAAUUCCGGAAGUCAACAUUUUACUGAUUGGACAGGCCGGCGCCGGAAAAUCCAGUUUAUUUAACACCAUCAACUCAAUCUUCAAAGGUGGAAUGUCUUCCCGUGCAUGUUCCGGAUGUGCAGAAAAGGGCAUCACACAAAAGUUCGAUAAAUUACGGAUCCGUGACCCAUCCACCAAGAAAUAUCUUCGUUUCCGAAUAUGUGAUACUUGUGGAGUAAAGGAUCGGAUAAACAUCAAGAACGAGGAUAUUGGUUUUAUUAUGGAUGGAAACCUCCCAAAUCAUUACACGUUUGACCACGAGACUGGGGCGUCAAUAAAAAGCUCUCGCUUUGUCAAGGAACCAACAAUGAGGGAUAAAAUACACGUGGUCGUUUUCAUUCUUGACGGGAGUAACCUGAACUUUCUGUCAAAUGACGUUGUUAAAAAACUUCAAGAGAUCAAAAGUCUUGCUAUUGAUAGAGGUGUUCCUCCCUUAGUUUUUCUUACGAAGAUCGACGAAAUUUGUGAAUUGGUCAGAGAUGACGUCAGCAAAGUGUACAAUAGUAAAAUUGUAGAAGAUGCUGUCAACAAGGCCGCGGAUCUCUUCGCUAUCCCAAGAUUCCAUGUACUUCCGGUCAAAAAUUAUGAGAAAGAAUCUGAACUCCUGACCAGUAUCAACAUUUUGGCUUUAACAGCGUUGCGAAAGUCGCUGAUGUUUGCAGACGACUUUCUUGAGAACCAGUAUGAGCUAAAACAAGAAAAAAUGGAGACGUUAAAUAAACAGGACUGAGGCCCCCAAACGGUUUAGGAUUCUCUGAGGAAACGAUUAGAACUUCUUUUGUGACGUUUUUGGGUUAACUUCGUGUAACUUAAGGAUGAAGUAAAAUAAAAGUGAAUUAAUGCUACAAAAAAGAGAUUAAUUAUAUGUUUUUUGUUUGGGGAAGGCGUUAAAAGCAACAAAUGUACAUUUGAUGUAAUUUGCAUACUGGUAAAUGUUAUUAACAUGUUCAUUUAUUUGGGCACAUGUAUUUAUGACAGAAAAACCUAAAAAAAACCAACGUGUAUAAAUCUGUUCUGCUACAUGUUACAUGUAAAGGACAUAAGCCUCAAAUUAUUUAUUCUGUGAGCGAGAGAACUGUUUGACUGUUUUACUUACAGAUCUAGAAUGACAGAUUAAGACUUUUAAUUCUCUCUAAGCAUUUAAUCAACUGUGUAAAAAAGGACAAUAUCAGGUAAACCUGUUAACAAAUAUGAUCAUGGUAUGUAGCAACCUCUAAUGAUAAACAGUCCACUGACCACUGAUAGAGGACGGUGUAUCAUUAGAGUUGCUACAAAGGUCCUUACAACAAAACUAGUGUUGUGUGGAGUUUACUGUAUUGUUCAAUGAAUGUUAAUUUCUCUCAAAUUAAUCAUAUCAAUGGCACAUGAUGUACAAAAAAAAUAUUUACAAAUGUACAAAUGCAGAGGCAAGUUAGAAAAAGUACAGAGUUAAAUAAAUCGAGCUAA